CUUCCCUGAAGAGGUCCUGGGACUGGCGUUUCCUGCCUGCAGAGCACAGCAGCAGCUUCACAGAGCACAGCUCCCGUUUGCUGUUACCCACAUGGAAUUGGGGUGAAACCGUGCUCCCUAAUUUUAUCCAUCUGAUAACAUUUGGGAAACAGGACACAGGUGGUCAAAAUGAAAGCUCUCAUCUUUGCAGCUGCUGGAGCCAUGCUUCUGUCACCCACAUUCUGUCAAAGCGGUAUGGAAAAUGAUGCAGAUGACUUGGCAGAGCCAACAUUAUCUAUUAGGACCUUCCGUGGAGCUCCCACAAGUUUUUUUGAAGAGAUCCCCCUUUCUGCUAUAGACGGCUGGACAGGAAGCACAACUGUAAAGAUAAAGUGCCCUGAAGAAAGUGUUUCGAAUCUCCAUGUGGAUAAUGCUACGAUGGGGUAUCUGAGCAGCUCCCUAAGUACCAAACUGAUACCUGCCGUCUACAUCCUGGUGUUUGCAGUGGGCGUGCCGGCCAACGCUGUGACCUUGUGGAUGCUCUUCUUCAGGACCAGAUCCAUCUGUACGACCAUCUUCUAUAUCAACCUGGCCACCGCAGACUUCCUUUUCUGUGCCACGCUGCCCUUUAAAAUAGCUUACCAUCUCAACGGAAACAACUGGGUCUUUGGAGAGGUCAUGUGCCGGGCCACCACAGUCAUCUUUUAUGGCAACAUGUACUGCUCCAUUCUGAUCCUCGCCUGCAUCAGCAUCAGCCGCUACCUAGCCAUUGUCCAUCCUUUUACUUACCGGGGGCUGCCCAGGCGCACCUAUGCCUUGAUCACAUGUGGACUGGUGUGGGCAACAGUGUUCUUGUACAUGCUGCCAUUUUUCAUUCUGAAGCAAGAGUAUUAUCUUGUCCACAGGGACAUCACCACCUGCCAUGAUGUCCACAACGCAUGCGAGUCUUCAUCACUCUUCCAACUCUACUACUUCAUCUCCUUGGCAUUCUUUGGAUUCUUAAUUCCAUUUGUGGUCAUUAUCUACUGCUACACAGUCAUCAUUCGGACGCUUAAUGCAUAUGAUCAUAGGUGGCUGUGGUAUGUUAAGACGAGUCUCCUCAUUCUUGUGAUUUUUACCAUUUGCUUUGCUCCCAGCAAUAUUAUACUUAUUAUUCACCAUGCCAACUACUACUACAACACCGACAGCUUAUACUUUAUCUAUCUCAUAGCUUUGUGCCUUGGUAGUCUGAAUAGUUGCUUAGAUCCAUUCCUUUAUUUUCUCAUGUCAAAAAUCACAGAUAACUCCACAGCUUAUCUUACAAUAGUGAAAUCAUCUUAGAGAACAAUGGAAGCUAUCUGUGAAAACAUACAUGCUUGGGACCACAUGUGCGUAAGUGCAAGGAGCUCCAUUCUCUAGCUCCCUUUUGAAGCUCCUAAGAGAUAGUGCUUCAAAAACAACACUAUCAGUAUUUUAAGAACAUCAAUGUAGGAGAAAAGAUAUCACCACUCUCUUCAUGGCAGUGGAUACAUUUACCUGACUGGUACUUUAAGCUCUUUAUAGCUCUAUCUUCCCUCCUUCUAUGAGCUUUCUACUCUAGAUGAAUUGAAGGAGAAUGGGACAAGGGAAAUGAUACAGCAUGGAGAGAAGCUAAUAUCUCAGUUUUUGGUACCUGGUGUCAUUUUUUAUUCCUCUGCCUUCUUCCACUUGCAUGCUGGGGGCCGCCUCAUUAGCUGAUUCUACCUUUGUAAUAUCUCUUACUAGGAUCCAUUAGUCCCAUCUUUGCCUUCCAACCAUUCUCUUCCUGUCCAGCCUAUCCUCCACUUCACCAGGCCACUGCCAGAUUUUUCUUCCUCAAAUAUCAGUUUGAAUACCUCACUCAACCCUCCCCCCACCCCAAGCUCACUGCAGCAUUAUUUAUGACCAACAAGCUAUGAAAGCAACCCAAGUACCCCUCAAUAGAUGAGCAGAUAAAAAAACUGUGAUACAUAUAUACAAUGGAGUAUUACUUGGCCAUAUAAAAUAAUGAAAUCAUACCAUUUGGGCCAGCAUGGACCUAGAGGGUAUUAUGCUCAGAGAAAUAAGCCAGAGAAAGACAAAUACCAUAUGAUUUCACUUGUAUGUGGAAUCUAAAGAACAAAAUAAGCAAACGAACAGAAUUGAAAUGGACUCAUAGACACACAGAGAGAAUUGGUGGUUGCCAGAGCAAGGGGGCAUUGGGACACAGGAAGAAAGAGGUGAAGGGACUAAGAACCACAAGUUGGUAGUUAUAGAAUGGUCACAGGGAUGUAAACUACAGCAUAGGAAAUAUAGACAAUAAUAUUGCAAUAACUAUGUAUGGUGCCAGUUGGGGUACUUGGAAAGAUCAUGGGGAGCACUACAUAAAAUAUGAUUGUCUAACCAACACACACACACACACACACACACACACACACACACACACACACACACCAAACAGCUCGAAAACCUCCAUGGACUCUCCACUGUUUUAGAAUAAAUGAUUAAUCUUUAGUUUGGCAUUCAGGGCUAACUUUCUAAUUUUACUUCCCAGUAAACCUUGCCUGUGAUGUAGACAUUAGCCAAGCUUCUUGCUUUGCUGUGAUGUGAUUUCUCCUCUUUUUGCCUUUGUCUCUAACUGGAAAGCUAUUUCUAACAUAUUUGCCUUAAUUUGUUCCAUCUGUUAAAGCCCCCAAAGGACCAUUCUUCCCUGAUUCUCAAGCUAGAAGUUCAUUUUUCUAAUCUGAACUUUCAAAGCAUUUUAUUGUAUUUUUAUUAUAGUACUUGCAUAUAGUUCAUUUAUAUACAAAUAUUAGUUCCAUAAACACUUAAGCACCAUGUAUAGGAGAGAAGGGGCUUGUUCUGUCCCUUCUUUGUGCUUUUUAUGGCAACCCCAGGCUCAAGUUUUUUCAGGGUCUGUGGGGCCCAGCUCCUACUUUACUAGUACAUUGUCAUGUGGCUGAAUGAAAGAAUAAAAUCCCAAAGCAUUUAGUAGCAUGAAAGUCCAUUAAAUUCCAACAGAGAAAGCAAGGUAUUCUGUAUGACAAGGGGCAACACCAUUUUUAGUUGGACAUAUAAAAAAAAAUCAGGAAGCUAAGCUAUGAAUAUACUCAAAGUCAUAUAGAAGUUUAAAAUGCCUCCAUUACUUUUGUGGCUUAAAUAUAGAUGCCCAGCAUCUUCCUGUAGGUAAAGGGAUUAGACAGGAGGUAGGAUAUCAGUAGUUAAGGGCAUGAAAUAUUGCUGACAUGAGUUUUCAAGUCUGUAAGAAUAUGCAUUGACCAAUAUACUUGUAGUGACCAUCAAAACAAUAAAAAAUUUAAAAUGCA